UUCUUGUCCUCAUUCUGCAGCUUUGCAGGGACUCUUUAACAUGAUGGCAGCGAGCACCUUCGUCUCUGAGGACUUACACUGUCCUCAGUGCUCUGACAUUUAUUGUCUUCCUGUUCUUUUAGCGUGUGGUCACAAUGUCUGCAACCAUUGCUUAAAGAAAUUCUGGGAGUGGAAAGGAUGUCGACCGUGUCCCGUUUGUGGCGUUGAGUCUGCCUCUGUGAAGCCUCCUAUCAAUCUGCAACUUAAAAUAGCAGCAGAUCAGUAUCAGGCCCAGAACGUCUACAUCAAACAAGGAGUUUGUCUGCUGCACAACGAGACGCUGAAGGUGUUCUGUAACAACGACGAGGAGCUCAUCUGUGUGAUCUGCCAAAUAUCCAAGCAGCACAAAGUGCAUCAGUGCUGCCCGGUGGAAGAGGCAGCCCAACAGAAAAAGACGGAAAUCUCAGCCAUUUUGGACUCUUUAAGAAAAACUCUCAGAACCCUGAACCAGAAAAAGCAGCAGAUGGAAGAAACAAAAGCCUACAUACAGACUCAAAGUGUCCAAAUUGAGGAAGCAAUAAAGGAAGAAUUUAGGAUUCUUCACCAGUUCCUCUGGGAGGAGGAAACCAACAAACUGAAAGCGCUAAAACAGGAGGAGGAAACCAAAGUCCAGGUCAUGCUGAAGAAGAUCAAAGACGCAGAGAAGCAGAUCCAAACUCUCUCCUCCAACAUCAGGGAGACGGAGACUGCUCUCAGAGCCAGAGAUUUAUCAUUUUUACAGGGUUACAAGCAGACGAAGAAAAGGGUCAAAUGCAACAUCCAGGAGCCAGAGUAUAUUCGAGACAUCCUGAUCAAUUCUGCAAAGCAUCUGGGAAUCCUCAAGUUUAGAAUUUGGAAGAAAAUGGCGAAUUCUGUCAAAUAUGCUCCGAUCAUCCUGGAUCCAAACACAGCGCAGCCAAACUUAAAGCUCUGUCAAGACCUGACGAGUCUGCACUACAGCCAAAAACAGCCCCUGCCCGACAACCCUGAACGCUGCACUAACCGUGUGUGCGUCCUGGGCGCCACGGGCUUCACAUCUGGAUUUCACAGCUGGACUGUGGAGUUGGGCCAGGCCAAAGACUGGCACGUUGGAGUGGUUCGAGAGUCCAUCAAAAGAAAAAGCACCAUCUUCUUGAACCCUGAUGAGGGCUUCUGGGUGAUCGGUCUGUGUAACGGCGAGUCGCUGUGGGCUGAAAGCUCCCCUCGCGCCCUGCUCACUAUGAAGCAGAAGCCUGAGAGGAUCACUGUAAAGCUGGACUUGAACAAGGGAAAGGUGGUCUUCAUCAAUACUGCAAAUUCCACAGUGAUACACACAUUUAAAGACAAGUUUACAGAGAGAAUAUUUCCCUACUUUUCUCUCGGAUUAAAUGAGGACUGGAAAAACUCGAGCCCUCUCACCAUCUGCCCUCUGACUAUCAGCGUGAACACAGGGUAGACGUGUCAGAAUUCUGCAGAGUAAAACGCCAAACGUAUUUCAAAAUGUAAAUUAAAAGUACGUCACAAGUUUGUAAUUUGCCUCAAUUUUCCUCACAUUUAGUU